AUGAACCCGCUUCGAACUCUCUUGCGUCCGGCAGUGCGGCGCGUUGCGUCGACUCGCGUGGCAGCUCACAAUAUGAGCUCAAGUUCUUUGCGUUUCAACCAAAAGACGGCAAAACUAUUGGAUGAGAGCGUCAUGGAGCAUCUCGUGUGUCCAAUUUCCAAGUAUCCACUUCACUACGACACCGAACGCGGCAGUCUUGUGUGCGAGGAGAUCCACGUCGAGUAUCCGAUUUGGCAGGGAAUCCCACUGCUCGUGCCUUCAGAAGGACGGAUUAUUAAUUCAUGUAGCAGCGGUGACGAUUCAUGA